GGGAGGAGUGUCACACACACGCACACACCCCGCACACGGCAGCGGAUCCGAUCGGCGGCUGCGUGCGGGGAGCUCCGCAGGGACCCAGCCCGCAAUGAAACCAGCUGGAGCAUCAGGAGAGAGGAUCUGCUCGCUUGGAAAAGUCUUUAAGGAAUCGAUCGGGAGAUGCCGGUAGAAGAAGUUGCUGAAAGCCAGGCUGGAAUGGCCCCGUCGCUCAGCGGAGCAGCUGAACUUUGUGGGGUCUGAACAUUUGUCUCCUCUGAGAACGGGAGAGCCAGGACCGCACCGCGCACCUCGAGCCUGACCGAGCCUGGGGCAGAGCCAAGGGGGGAUUUCUGUCUCGCCAAGGACCAUCGCCCCUGAAAAAAAAAAAAAAAAGCUGGAGAAGGGCGAUUUAUCUUUCUUUUCCAGAUGACUGAAAAUAUCUACAGGACCCUGUCUCUCUGGUUUUCAUCGGUGAGUAGCACAAGGGACAGGCGGCUGAGGAACAAAAAUGAUAUCGGUCAAAAUCAUUCCAGCACCUACUUUUUCCUAAGGAACUUCAUGCCCAUAGGGGUUUUCUGCGGACAUUUCCAGGAGUGAGACGAGGUACCACAGAUGCAUCCCUACCGGAUCAUGUAAGAAUUGGCAAAUGAGAAACGUACCCCAUCCAGACCUCCUCUGCCCGCUUUGCAGUACAUGGUUUGGUGUAAGCACAGCAAUUCUCACCUCUUUCUCUCCCUUUUAAGUCUCUUGAGCUUGGAGACCUCUUUCCUCAUUGCAAUUAUGAUUAUUUGCAACAUCAGUGCCAUCAAAGAUUGGAGCACUUUCCUUUCCCAAAUCCUCCCCAGCGUUAACAAGACUCUGAACUUGGUACAGCAAGUGGAAGCCACCACCAGCUCGGUGGUAAGUGUCCUCCAGGACCCCGAGCAGGACAACUACCUGUCCAAUAGCCAGUCCAUGAACUCCAGCAACUUCACAGCUGGCCUGGACCACUUGUUCCAGUACUCAUACUCGGACAAUGACCAGCUCUACAAGGAGUACAAACCCCCUCCUCGAGAUGCCAUUCCUCUGCCCAAGGCUGUCCUCUACCUCCUCAUGGCAGCCCUGGUGGUGGUGGCAGUGGCGUAUGCCAUCGUCGGGCAUCUCAUCAAGGACCUCAUCUACGACUUUGUAGACUGGAUCUUUGGCCCCAACCCGGAUGACAACAGCAACAAGAGCGACAUCAACUGCAUCAGCAACAGCGUCAACGAGAUGAGCGAGAUGCCCGAGGCGCCGCAGCGGCAGCACCGGGAGCGGCAGCCCCAGGACGUGGUCAUUGCCAUCAGCGAGACCUGUCACCUGCCACAGCAAACGUGACCGGCGCCGCGCCCGGGCCGGGCGGGAUGGAGCAGCGGGAUCGGCAUGGAGCAGCGGGAUGCAGAGGAGGGAUGGAGCAGGAGGAUGGAGCAGUGCAACAGAGCAGCAGCCGCCCCGCAGGGCCGGGCGGGGAGAGGAAGGGAUGGGCAGAGCCGGCGCCCUGGAGCAAAGCCCUCCUCCCCCUGGUUUUACCAGGCUCUAAGGACCUUGUGGGGGCGGGUGGCAUCACCCCUUCUCCCAGGCUUGUCAGCCCUGUCCUGACGUCUGCCCUUGGGUUUGUGACCCCCUCUUUGUUCCCUAUGAAUAGCAAAAAAGAAAAAGCAAAUGCAAAAUACACCCACCAGACAAAGCUUGCAAGAGAAA